AUGGAACGCAAAGCAGAGGAUGAGGGGGUCAAGGUGUGUCAAGCUACACUUCUAGGAUGAAGACACAACCACUUGUCAUCCUCAAACCCUAGCCCAUAGACUAUACCUUAGGUGUGGAGUGUGUAGGUUACGUUAGGGUAAGCAUUAAUAUCAUUAUUAUUACUAUUAUUAUUAUUAAAUUUUCUAUCCCACCUUUCCCUCCAAGGAGCUCAAGGUGGUAUACAUGGUUCUCCCACUCCUUAUUUAACAACCCAGCUCAAGGUGGUGGAUAUUGUUCUCCACCUCUUCAGUUAAGCCCCACGACACCCCUGUGAGGUAGGUUGGACUGAGAGAGGCAGUGCCUGGCCCAAGAUCACCCAGUGAGUUUCAUGACCAAGUAAGAGGAUACACACCCUGAUUUCACAGGUCCUAAUCUGACACUCUAACCACUACACCAUGGUCCCACCUGUUUUCUCAGUGUGCAUCAUUAUUUUAUGUUUACAUAUGGCUCCUUCCUUGGUCAGAAACCCUGUCAGCCCCUUUCCUCGGUUGACCAGAAUGUCCCGUUGAUAGCUCGGAAACCGUUUGGGACAAUCCUACCUCUACCAGAAAUUAUUCCUCUGUCACCCUUUGGGAAGCAGAGGUUUGCAGAAUCCGCUCGCUUGAGCAGCUGCUGCGUCGCAACUGGAAUGGCAAGGAAAGCUCAAUGAUGAUCUCUUCUCUUCCCUCUCGCAGGGCAUCGCUGUGGAGCUCCUGUGUGGUCCUACCUCUCCUCGCCCUCACCUGGAUGUCAGCAGUGCUGGCCAUCACAGACCGCCGGUCAGCCCUCUUCCAAAUUCUUUUCGCAGUCUUCGACUCCUUGGAAGGCUUUGUCAUUGUGAUGGUCCACUGCAUCCUGAGAAGAGAGGUGAGCAUCUGAGCAGGCAUAAUAAUCCUUCCGCAGGGCCUGUAAGACAGAGCUAUUCCACCUGGCUUUCAACUUGAGCGUAGCCUGAUCUUUUAUUCCCCUUCCUUCCCUCCCUCUCCCCUUUUUAUGAAGAUUACUCGCUCUGGGAUCCCACAGCUAAUUCUCCCCUGGUCUCCCCGCUGGCUCAAAUAGGACUAAUUUAGCCAGCUAGCCCUGGUAAUCAUCUAAUGUUUAUUGGAUGGAUUUUCCCCCAAACUGAUUUUUGAAUUCUGAAUUUAUUGUUAUUCACAUUUUAUACUGUAUUUUAUGCUGUUUUUUGUUGCAUUAAUUAAGUGUUUUAAAUUUGUUGUUAGCCGCCCUGAGCCCAGUUUUCUGAACCGGGAAGGGCAGGGUAUAAAUAAAUAAAAAUUAAUCAUAAUAAUAAUAAUUAUAAUUUAUACCCUGCCCAUCUGGUUGGGUUUUCCCAGCCAACAGAAGAAGAAGAAGAAGAAUAAUAAUAAUAAUAAUAAUAAUAAUAAUAAAGCCAUAAAACAUCAAACAUUAAAAACUUCCCUAAACAGGGCUGCCUUCAGGUGUCUUCUAAAAGUCAGAUAGUUGUUUAUCUCCUUGACAUCUGAUGGGAGGGCAUUCCACAGGGCGGGUGCCACCACCGAGAAAGCCCUCUGCCCGGUUCCCUGUAACCUACCUUCUCGCAGGCCCUUGGAGGUGGACCUCAGUGAUGGGCAGGGUGAAUGAUGGGCAGGGUGACGCUCCUUCAGGUAUACUGAUUCGGCUCAGCCCAAACUCAAAUCUUGCCUUGCUUGAGAAAAGACCAUAUAUUGCUUUGCAUAAUUACUGGAUCAGAAGGCAUUGUCCCAGUCUCCUUUGAUCUGUCAACUGCUAGGUUGGCAGGAGCAGGGACCGAGCAACGGGAGCUCACUCCAUCAUGGGGAUUCGAACCGCCAACCUUCUGAUCGGCAAGCCCUAGGCUCUGUGGUUUAACCCACAGCGCCACCCGCAUCCCUUGGGAGGUGGGGUAUAGGGGGCCUUAAUAAAAUCUACAAGCCACUCUGAUUCCCAUCCCAUAAUCUUUAGCUAAACAGUAGUGAAGAAAGUUCUUCUUCACACAGUGCAUGGUUAAACUAUGGAGGCAGUGAUGGCCACCAACCUAGAUAGGCUUUAAAAGAGGAUUGUACAAAUUUGUGGAGGAGAAGGCUGUCUGUGGCUGUUAGCCAUGAUGGCGAUGUUCUGCCUCCACAGUCAGAGGGGAUAUUGCUUAAUAAAGAUGGAUGAAUUGAUAAAUUCUAGUACCAUUCCUUAAAAAAAAUUGAGGGCCCAUUCUCUUUCCGCCCUCAUCCCCAGGUUGUUGUAAGGACUCAUUCUAUAAAUUUUAUUUAUUUAUUUCACAACGUGCUUAUACUGCCUAAUUGCAAUGAAACCUCUAAGCCAGGGUUCGGCAAAGUUUUUGUGGUUUGGGCCGGUUCACAGUCCCGCAGACGCCGCGGUGGGCCGGAGUGUGUGUGAGCGCGCACGCAUGCGCAAAUGCUAUUUCCGGUGCUCCUUCCGGCACAGAGGAGUUGUGCGCAGCUUCCCAUUGGCUGCAGGAGCUUCCUGCAGCCAAUGGGAAGCCAACUGGCAUCGUGGAAGGCAGUCCCCACUCUGCUCCGCCCUGGUUUAGCACGGCGCAUGUGAGUGUUAGGAUUUUUAUCUCACCAGCUGCGCAGAGAGCAGCACAAUGGUUGUUUACAUCAUGUGAGUGUCUGAGAGCGUGAGACAGGAAGUCUCUGCUCAGUCUCAGUACUGUAGAAGUUACUUUCACUUCUGAGUGAAGUGUGCUGUUCUGUACUGCUGCUCAGAGAGAGCAGACACGCUGAUGGAAACUCUAUGUACAGACAAUGUAAAUAAAGUAGUUUAGAGCUACUGAUUGUCUCUUUCUUCUGCAAUGGGAUGCCAGAAGACGAGUGUGCUCCUCUCAGGAGGGAGGGGUCGCUUAUUACUGGUCUCUCUGCGCUGAGGAAGAUUUACAGCCAGAGGGUGACCACCGGAGAGACGCCUCGGUGUCUUGGGAAGGUGGUGGCCUUCCCGGGCAUUUUUCCAACAGUGAGCUGACCGAGGGGGUGGCUGGGGUCCUUGAGCAGGCGGCAGGGGUCCAUGGGCCGGUCAAACGGGCCGCUCUAAGCAGAUUCUGCUGGGUGUGCCUCUGUCCUGGUGCUGAAAUGACUUACUGCUCCUCAUUCCUUUCCUUUUGCUCCUUAUGGCGCUCUGAUCCAAUUCUCUCUCGUGCCACACAUUUUCCCAGGUGCAGGAUGCUGUGAAAUGCCGAGUGGUGGACCGCCAGGAAGAAGGAAAUGGAGAUUCUGGGGGGUCGUUUCAGAACGGACAUGCUCAGCUCAUGGUAGGAUAAAGUGCCUCUUGUUCCUCCGUAAAGAAAUGAGGAAAAUGCAGCUUUUCUCUUUGGUAGUGAUGCUACAGGGAACCAGGCAGAGGGCCUUCUUGGUAGUGGCACCCAUUCUGCAGAAUGCCUUCCCAUCAGAUGUCAGGGAGUUAAAUAGCAACUUCUAGAAGACAUCUGAAGGCAGCCCAGUUUGGCAAAGUUUAAUAAUAAUAAUAAUAAUAAUAAUAAUAAUUUAUUUAUACCCCACCCAUCUGGCUGGGUUUCCCCAGCCACUCUGGGCAGCUUCCAACCAAAUAUUAAAAACAAUACAGCACCAGACAUUAAAAACUUCCCUAAACAGGGCUGCCUUCAGUUGUCUUUUAAAAGUAAAAUAGUUGUUUAUUGCCUUGACAUCUGGUGGGAGGGUGUUCCACAUGGCGGGUGCCACUACCGAGAAGGCCCUCUGCCUGGUUCCCUGUAACUUGGCUUCUCGCAGCGAGGGAACCGCCAGAAGGCCCUUGGUGCUGGACCUAAGUGUUCGGGCAGAACAAUGGGGGUGGAGACACUCCUUCAGGUAUACUGGACCGAGGCUGUUUAGGGCUUUAAAGUUUUUAAUGUUUGACAUUUUAUUAUGCUUUUAUAUUUGUCUAAAGCCACCCAGGGUGGCUGGGGCAACACAGUCAGGUAGGCAGAGUGCAAAUAAAAUUAUUAUUAUUAUUAUUAUUAUUAUUAUUAUUAGUGUGACAAGGGCGGUGCCACUUUCAAAUUCAUGGAGUCCCGCGUUGACUCCACAUGUCUGUGAGGUCACCUCCAGACAGCCUGUUUAUUUCCCAUUCAUCCUCAUUCGCUUGCACCAAGUUUCCCCAUAGGUUAGAUGAUUAAAUAAUGCUUUAUAUAUUUUAUUUAUGGAAAUGUACCAGUUGCUUUAUAUUUUGAAAGAUUAAAAUAACAUCACAGCUGUGCAGAAAGCCCUGCACCGGCUGUCAGUCGAAUAUGAAAUUCAGUUUCAGGUAUUAUUAGUAGUAUCCAAAGUUUUAAAUGGCCUAGGAUGAGGUUAUCCGAAGGAUCACCUUGUCCCUUGUACACACAGGCCAGAUCACUUGUGAUCAUCAGGAGGAACCCUCCUAACAGUCCCAGAGUUAUCCCAUAUUAGUUUAAUUCUCUAAACGAACCUAGGAUUUUAGCGUAGUGGCAACAAUAACUUGGGACACUGUUCCUAUGGAAAUCAGACAGGCACCUAUAAUCCUGAUGUCAUCUGCUGAAAAUGUAUGUAUUUCAACUAAGUGUUUUUAGAGAAUGAAUUGGAUUCUGCGUUAGUUGUUUGUUCUGUACUAGGUGACUUCAAUAGUUUCAUUGUACACCACCUUGAUUCUUUUUUAAAAAAAUAAAGGAAAUUAUUUAACGAAAGAGAGAAAUGAAACGAGGGGAAAAUCAGCUCUUCUAGUCUCAUAAAUUAGCAGGAUGCAUGCUUGGACUGGGGGGGGGGGGGAUGUCUCUUGAUUUCCACAGAACAUUCCACUUUUCUGCCCAGUUAGCUCUUGCACAGCCACAAAAAGUUCUCUUGAGAAUUCAUACUUGUAAGAAGUUGUCUUGUGCUGGGUCAGACCAUUGUUCCAUUUUGCUCAGGCCUUUCUCCAAUCACUAGCUUCAACUGAAUGUGCAUUGGAUGUGCUUCUGGAUUCAGAUUCUGCUUUUCCGAUCUGUUGCAUUCGACGGGAUGCACAUCUGAAUGCGUCUCUGACCCGCCAACUGACUUGCAGAAGAGUCUCAGCAUGCAGUUUCCUCCUCCAGCUGAUAUGUGCAAGAAUAUGCACAAGCAGCUACCAGCUUCCUUCCCACACACAUAACGAUACAAUAAUCUUUAUACGAUAAUCUUUAUUGUCAUUGUCCCAGACAGAACAACGAAAUUGAAAAAAAAAUCUACAUCAGACAUUCAAAAACCAACAAGCCUGCUAUCACAGCCAUCCCAGCCUGGUUAGCCCCCUAAAAACUCUGAUACUCCAUAAUUAAAUACAAUAUACUCCCAUAGAGACUACCUUACACUGCAUUUAAAACCAAAAUCACAUUUGGAUAGAAACUGAUUCUCAGGCGGCUAGUCCUGGUCUUUAUAACCCUGUAGCUUCUUCCAAAAGGCAGAAGUUGAAAGAGAUCAUUUCCGGGGUGCGCACUGUCCUGCGCUAUCUCUGCAGCUUUCUUAUGGCACCUGGAAGCAUAGAUUUGAUCCAAGGUGGGAAGAGUGCACCCAAUUAUUCUCUCUGCAGUCUUUACAACCCUGGAGAGCAUUGUUUUUUCCCUGACCGUGCAACUCCCAAACCACACACAGAGACCAUAAUACGCUCUCCACAGUACAAUGGUAAAAUGCCAUCAACAGGUCCUUUGAGAGACUGUUUUUCCGUAGGAUUCUCAGAUAGCAAAUUAGACAGGAUCAGACGUGAAGAAGGAUUGGCAUAAUUGUCUCCAUCCCUAUUAAUAUGUUGAUUCCUGUCAAAGGCAGCAUUCACCCAGCCUUUCCUCAUUUCCCCAACAUUUCUCAAACUCUUAAUUUCCAUAUUAUAUUUGAGCUUUCAUGCAACAUAAAAGCCGCUUUCAGAAAAUUAAUGGAAUAUAGUGCAUGUUUAGUGCUAAUUUCUGUGUUAGGUGAUUCCAGAAAUUGCAGCUCACUUAGCCCAGGAAAAAUUAUUAUUAGUAUUAACAUUUAUACACUACCCUUCAUCCAAGGAUCACAGGGAGCUUGACAAUAUAAAAACACAACAACACAUACCAUAGUAACAAACAGAAACCCGCACCAUUUAAAACAGAUUGUUUAAUUGGCCAAAGAUGUUUCACAUUGCCACAAGUUGGGAGACUUGUGUGUGAGUCUGACCCUGUACAAGACACACCAAAAUCUGCCUUUUGUUUGACGUUGUGUUUCAAGAACCUGAAACAAAGAGCCAUUUCUGAUUUAACGAAACCUUCCCCGCCUAACUCAGUUGGAAAUUGUCCAUUGACCAGGCUGAUAACUCAGAAUGGUUCCAGAUACAAAUCUAAAUGAAAAAUCCGGUUAUGGUUAUGCAUUCAGACCAUCAUCUGCGCCCAUCAAAGACUGGAGCGAUUUGUCGGAGUGAAUUGACAAAAAGCCACAGUUCCAUAACGCCAUAGGUGCUGCAGUGUGAAAGGAACAUUAGACAACGGGGCAGAAGUGGACAAUGGCAAAUUAUAAUCAGGAAGAGAAUAUUGGCACCUGAACAUCUUCACCUCUCAAUAACCCCCCUUUUGUUCACGCCAGGGUCUCAUUGUUGUGACUCUUUGCUUGCUAGUUCUGGAAAUGUGCAAGAAAUGCUGGAUUUGAGGCCCCCCUUUCCUCUGCCACCCCACAACCUCCCCCCUACCCUCCGCCUUGUUGACCACCGCCCCCUCCUGUUUUCUCUGUCUUCCAGACUGAUUUCGAGAAGGACGUGGAUAUGGCUUGUAGAUCAGGUGAGCACAUCACAGGUGAGAAAUCAACAAGUGACCUGGUUUGGGGAUUGAGCUUGACCUUAAUUUCCAUUUCUUUCUUAUGAUAUAUAUCUUUGCUGUCUGUUUGUGUCAAAAGUUGUGUUGCGUCUGGUCUGUGCGUCUGAGCUGCUCCCGGCCAUUCCUGCUCCUCAAGAACUCCUGCCUCCUCCCAUCUCCUGUAGGCUAAUUCUCCUCCGCUGCCCUCCUAUAUGCUUGGGGCUUGGCUGAGGUCAAGGGCAACCUCAAUGGGCACAGGCUUUUGGAAGGGGUGUGGAUAGAGGAAGACGAGACCUAGGCCCAAACUGGACACAUUGGUGGAAGCCAGGCUGACUUAAUCCCAUGACUGCACCAUUCGCAUCUAGAGCCAGGAUGGCAUGGGAGGGUCUAAUUCCGUGGCCAGUUCCUGCCCCUCCCCAAUGAAAAUAAUGACACAUGACACAAAAAUUAAGGUUAAUGGCUAAAUAAGGCCACAACUUUAUUGGUUACAGGUGAUGAGCGGUAUUGGCUUAGGCAUUGGUCCUAACCACUACAUCUGACUCCAGCCCAUCCACUUGAAGUCCGGGAAGGGUUAACCACCAGUAGGGGGAGUCCUGCUGAUGCACAUCAACUAGGGACUCCCCUGGGGUCACCAAUUGGGGGCGUGCCUUAGGCCCUAAUCUCCCUAGGCUUUGGACGGGGCCACGCCCCCCAGAAUCCUUUACCGGACUAGCCUUCAAUAUGCGGGGCAGGUGAUGGCGCUACCUCCCCUCUUCCAUCUACAGAGCAAUACCAAUGCCUAACCGCCAAUACCCAGAAAGUUGUGACGAUUUGCUACGAGGUAGGCGAAAAACCAAGUGACUGGUGCCAAUUUGCCACGUGGAAAAAUUCCUACCAGGCCCCUUAACGGCAACCAACCAAGGUCCAUAGCAAGGUCAAGGAAUGAAAACCUUAUAGGGCGGGAGGGUGGGAAAAGCAUUAACAGCUGGCAGGUGGCAAAGAGGGAGAUCCCCGGUCGCCUCCUGGUUUAAAUAAGGCAGGCCACGCACCCUAAGCCAGCUGAUUGGCUGGCCAGGAGGUGACGUGGCUGGGAAUACCCCCAAUCGUGCGAGGGCUGGGUUCCACCCUCCGCGCACGUGGUGGUGCCGUGAAGCCCACAACCCCACCUCCUCCGAAGUGCAGAAGUGGCUUUCCUACAUCGAAGGGGACUCUGGCAUUGAUGAGGAGCUGAGACGCCCUUCAUGCCCUGUUCCUUCAAGCGCUUUCCAAGGGGGAAAGUGUUGGAGGUUAGGGGGCAUGGAAGGAGGGGCAGAAGAUUCGGGCGCCCUCCCCUCUGUGCCCCUUCUCGUAUAUAAAAAAAAAGACUCACUUUAUACUUGAAUGAAAAUGACUGCCUUUAUUUAUCACAGUUAGGUCAGCCCUUGGCAGGUCUAUUAUGAUGAUGAUGAUGAUGAUGAUGAUGAUGAUGAUGAUGAUGCAGGUCUUUAUUUAUUUAGUUUCUCCCUGCUGUUCAGUCUUCCCAGCUUCCCAGGGUGGCCUGGUUGUUCAAAACAAGACAGAGCCUAUCCUGCAAUUUUACAAUCUAAAAGAAUCAAAAAACCACGAUCUAAGAGGGAAAAGGAACAGGGAGGGAAGAGGAAAACCAAAACUCCAGCACCAGUUUCUAAACAGUUGUUCCUAUAACAACUUAUUAUUAUUAUUAUUAUUAUUAUUAUUAUUAUUAUUAUUAUUAUUAUUAUUAUUAUUAUUAUUAUUAUCCUGUUGGAGUGACAUUAAGCAUUGCACUCCCAACACUGGUUCCCACAACCAUUUUUGAUGCAUGAUAACAUCCAAAUGAAUUGGCUUUUUGUGGAUUUGGCAUAGUGGAUUUGGGUACAGCAGUUUAAUCAUUGUGUGGGUACUUUUACCAUCUUCCCCAACUGAGGUUCAAUGGUGGAAAACAUUUCAGGAAAUGGGUUGAAGCAGGCAGUGACGAGUCCUGAUCUGUGCUCCAAUUUCUUUCUUUCUUUCUUUCUUUCUUUCUUUCUUUCUUUCUUUCUUUCUUAUUUCAUAUUUUUUUUACACUGCUUGAUUGUAAAAGGGAGGGACCCUCAACAUGGUUUUUAAAAAAGAUAACAAUAAAAUUACCAAUAAGGAAAAAUAACAAUGAUUUAAAAAGGGGGAUCUGCUUAUAACCCACCCAGGGGGUCUGUAGCACCAUUCACAUAACAAAAACCACCAUGCAGAUAUCAAAAUUUUCCAAAGUAGGGGGUUUGUGGCUUCGCUUUUGAAAACAAAAUAGGGGUUCCACACUGGUCAGCAAAUUGGGAACCACUGAUUUAAGACGUUUGAAAAGUUAAAAUAACAAUAGGCUCAAAACAGGCUAAAACUCACAUCAAAUUUCCAAACAUCUGGAUAGGCUUGUGUAAAUAAAUAUGUUUUUAGCAGGCACCAAAAAGAAUACAAUGAAGGCCCCUGCUUAAUAUCAAUAGGCAGGAAGUUCCGAAGCUGCUCAUGAGACCUGAUCAUCGUGCCAGAAAAUCCACUCCUGAUAACCCUAACCAUAUAAGAACUGGAUGUUUAAAUUAGGACAUUUAGUGAUUUUCAGCAUCCUCGCAUAUUGCAUUUCUUCCUCUAGACCUUCCCUGUUCUGGGAGAGGUGAUGGGUGAGCUUAUUCCUCCAGCAUCCUCUGUCUCCUCCGCUUCUCCCUUGCUCUUACCCACGUCCUUUGGGAAUUGAUCACCCCAGUCCUGCAGGCUUGCCUGGGCCUCCAACCUCUUCCCACCUCCCACCCCUCACCCUGCUUAAAUAGACCCAGCGCUGCAUCCAUUGCAACUGAGAACUCUCUCAAGAAUGCCCUGUGCUUCCUCGACCCUCCCUUAAAUGCUCUGCUCUCCUCCUGCAUCCCUGAAUCACCAGGGGAAGGGGUAAAAUAAAACCCAAAAAACACCUUUGACAUUUCUUGGGAUUUCCUUAAAGAUCCUGGACAACCCCAGCUGCCUUUGACCCUGCAUAGAAUUCCAAUCUUCCAAACCAGGAUCUCUUCUUAAGGCUGAGAAUUAAUUGCUGUCUCCACCUCUAUGAUCGUUUCUGUAUUUUCCUUCUUGGAUUUGUUUUUCCCCCUUCCUUUCCAGGCUUCUCUUUUUCUGUCUGUUUAUAUCAUGCUCUUUCUUGUAGCCGAUUCUGGUUUGCCAACAGGUGUGUUCUUACCUGAUGCGGAGGAGAUGGAGGCAGUCCCAUCUCCCGGGUGAGAGGACACAUUUGCACCUGUUUUCCAACUCCAUACAGUAUCAAUUUAUGGGCACGCACAAAACACUAGGCAAUGUUAAACUGCAACAUGUGGAGCUAUUCCUCUCAUUGUUUCAUUCAUCUCUGCCUUCCAUUCAUCCAUUUCCAUGCACAAACUUAAUCAAUCCUUCCCCAUCCUGUCUAUCUGCCCAUCCCCUCAUCUCACUUUCCCUUUCUAUUUGUUGUCUGGCUUCUUAUCAAGAUAAUAAUAAUAAUUUAUUCUUUAUACCCACCCAUCUGGCUGGGUUUCCCCAGCCACUCUGGGUGGCUUCCAACAAAAUAUUAAAAUGCAAUAGUCUAUUAAAAAUUAAAAGCUUACCUAAACACGGCUGCCUUCAGAUGUCUUCUAAAAGUCUGGUAGUUGUUUUUCUCUUUGACAUCUGAAGGGAGGGCAUUCCACAGGGUGGGUGCCACCACCGAGAAGACCCUCUGCCUGGUUUCCUGUAACUUGGCUUCUCGCAGUGAGGGAACCACCAGAAGGCCCUCGGAGUUGGACCUCAGUGUCCGGGCAGAACAAUGGGGGUGGAGACGCUCCUUCAGGUAUACUGGACCGAGGCCGUUUAGGGCUUUAAAGGUCAGCACCAACACUUUGAAUUGUGCUCGGAAACGUACUGGGAGCCAAUGUAGGUCUUUCAAGACCGGUGUUAUGUGGUCUCAGCGGCCGCGUCCAGUCACCAGUCUAUCUGCCGCAUUCUGGAUUAGUUGUGGUUUCCGGGUCACCUUCAAAGGUAGCCCCACAUAGAGCGCAUUGCAGUAGUCCAAGCGGGAGAGAGGGACUCAGCCUGCGUACCAGGUGGAGCUGGUAAAUAGCUGCCCAGGACACAGGAUUGACCUGUGCCUCCAUGGACAGCUGUGAGUCCAAAAUGACUCCCAGGCUGCACACCUGGUCCUUCAGGGGCACAGUUACCCCAUUCAGACCCAGGAAGGCUGCCCUUCUAGUGGAGCCCCAACACCAGAUUCACUCCAUGGCACAUCAGACUUUUGCCAUCCUCACCCUGCCAGCUUGUGUUGCAAAUGAGUAUCCUUGCUGGUGAGUAGAGUCCAUGCCCAUCGACAAGAGCCAGCUUGCUGGAGAGUGAGCUGCAGCCCAUCACUCCUGUUUCAAACAGGGACUAUUUAUUGCCUUCUCUUUUCAGCUUCAAGGUUUCAAAAGGGAGUGUGAGCUCCCACAAAUUAUCCCAGUGCCAACAUGCCCGUAGGCAGAUUCUCAUAUUGCUUUUUCUUUUGGCAUCUCCAAAUGACGCCCUUCAAUCAAACAUGACGCUUCCCUCUCUGCUGACGUCUUCUCACCUCUCCCUCUUCCUGGCUUCUUUCCCCUCCCUGUUUUCAUUUAUUUCCUCUCUCUGUGGUGUCUCUUUUUAUCCUUCUGAUCUCUCUCAGCGCCGACAAUCUUAACCUUAACAAAACCAAAGGCAUCCAACAAACGGAAGGACGGCCCUUGCUCCAUUUUACACCCCUAACUCUCCAGAGCGACUGUUCUGUAAUAUUUUAAACAAGCAGCGGAUGUUUUCUAAGCACUGCAGAGGUAUUAAAAGAUCAGGCAAGCACGUCUUAGGGGCUCACAACCUAAUAGACAUGGCACAAAAGGAAAGGUAAACGUGGAGGGAAGAGGAAAGCAAGCACUGUGACACACACAGAAACACAUAUCCUGGGAAGCAUCCCUUGAGUUGUCUAAAUGCAUGAGUGAUACUUGGAAGAACAGCUAAAUGCCUCCAUCUUCCCUUGCAAGACGUCUACUGUUUCAUAGAAAACACAGGGUCCAGAGAGUUCAGUCACCCCCUCAUGAUCUUCAUCUAAGAUCCGAAAUCUGGGAAAUUUAUUUCCAUGUCCAUUAGAUAUCAUAAUUCCUCCCCCAGUUGUCACAUUUGAGUACCACAGUUCUCUUACCCAAUUGGGUUUCCCUCACCCCAGGAUGUCCAGAUGUCUUAGACCAACCAGCCUUCCCCAAGCUGGUGCCCACAUUUAGGAUCAGAGUUGUAGUCCAUAUCAUCUAACGGGUGCCAUGCAAGGAAGCCCGUCUCACAAAGGCUUCGGUCAUUGUUUCUGCUGGCUUGCCCUUGAAUUUUGCUGGCUUAGCAAGCACAAGGCACCAUAGCAGGCUAAUUAAAUCCCAACAACCUGCUGUUGUGUUUUACAAGACAACACAACCACCCAGCAACAAUGUAACGCUCCAGCCCUUAGUCGGGAAUUGUUUGAAUGAAGCCCCCAAGCCCAUAUUUGUUGGUCUUUUAUUUUCCCCUGUUCUUCAGGGAGGAAUAGGUAAAGCAGCUGUUCUGCUGAUAUGCUGGGUAAGUAUUUGGUUCCAUGACUCUGGGGUGUAUCAUAGAAGCCAACCAUGAAUUCUUAACCCUCUUUUCCUUUAAGCUGAGAGUUGGCUGAGCAAUAGCAAUGUAUUGUUUAUUUAUAUCUGUGAUGCAUAUGUAUGUUUGCAUGUAAUGUUCUCCAUCUCCUACAGAAUGUGGCUCUUUCUUUUCUUAUAAGCGCUGAAGCUGCUCUUUUGGUCUGAAAGCAUCUAGAGGAUAUUCUGCAUCUAAUCUCUCAAAUAGGGAAGGGACAAAAAUACACUUUAUUAUUUACUUUAUAUAUACAUUAUUUGAUUGUUUUUAAAAAAAUCAAAGCAGUUACAAUAAGAAUAAAACAAUAAAAUUAUCAGUAAAAACAGUUAAUAACAACAAUCUUAAGCAUUCAGGAAAGAAAUAAAAUCGACAAUAAACUCAAAGGAGUUUAAAACAGACAUCAGCAUUUUGGAUAUCUGGGUAGACAUGUCUAAACAAAAAUGAGUUUAUCAGGCUCCAAAAAGAAAUCAAUAGGCAGGGAGUUCCAAAGUGUAGCUGCUGCAACACUAAAAGUUUGAGUUCUUACAAAUGUGGAAUGAGCUUUAUUGGGCACCUGUAAGAGUGCUAGUUCUGCAGAUUGAAGCCAUCAAUCAAGCAUAAUUGGGGAAAGGUGAUCUCACAGGUAAACUGAUCCCAAGUUGUUAAGGGCUUUAUAUGCUAGUAGUGACAUGCUGAACUUGGCCCAGUAGCAAACUGGGAACCGGGGCCAAGGAGUCUGAGCAAAGGUGUCCUGUCUACAUGGGACCAAGGUCAAGGAUAAAAUCAAUAAAACAUUUUAAACCAAUAUAGGUAACUAGGUUAUAUAUCCAUACAAUGUUUGCAUCAUGAAUGAAACACAGUGGAUUAAACACGGGAUCUCGAGAGGACAUAUAAAUCAAUUUUAUUUAUUUAUUGACAUGUAUAACCCAGUCCGAGAAGCUUGUGGAUUAAUUUUAAACAUAACCAGGCAAAUUAGAAACAGGCCAUUUAUUUCUUCAUCCAUUGUCUUCACAUAAUGAAUGAAUAGUAAAUAAAAAAUCACUCAGUAGCUGUUGAAAGCAGAGCCACUAAGUCUAGAACAAGAAUGAAACAAGAGUGAAACUCUAAUUCCCCUUUAAAAUGUGUUGCAGGGGGGCAGUUAUUGACUUGUUUUUGUUUCUAUUUUGGUUAUGUAUGUUGUGUUUUUAUAUUGAGAUUUUAUGUUGUAACUGCCCUGAGACCUGCGGGUAUAGGACGGUAUACUAAUUUAAUAAAUAAUGAUGAUGGUGAUGAUAAAAUAAAAAAUCCCUUUAGGAGCCUCUGUUCUGGAGAUAAGUGGGGACAUCCCUGGGUGGUGUGAUGAUGGUGAGAGUCAUUUUUGUUGUGUAGCAAGACACGUCCAGUUCCAUCGGUUACUGAUGCUUUGUCUCUUUCCGCCGACCCAUUAGUGCUAAACAAAGACAUCAGCACUUGCCGCACCAUGACCAUCACAGGGACUCUGAAACGCCCGUCCCUGCAGGAUGAGGAGAAGCUGAAGCUGAACCACCAGAAGGGAUCGUCCAACUUCAACAGUCUUCCAGCCAACGUCUCCAAGAUGCACCUCCAAGGCUCCCCGCACUACCUGGGCGCCAUCAACCUCAACGACUUCAGCAAUCACACCCUCACUCUGAAGAAGGACAAGAGCCAGCCGCCCAAGUCCAUCUACAUCUGCGACGGGGACAUCUUCAAGAAGCUGGACUCAGAGCUCUCUCGGGCGCAGGACCAAGCCAUAGACACCAGCUACGUCAUCCUGCCCUCCAACACCGCCACCUUGAGGCCUAAGCCUCCACCGCCUCCGCCGCCCCCCAAAGACGAUACAAAAUACAGCAUCAACAUUGACCAGAUGCCCCAGACGAGGCUCAUCCACCUCAGUAUGGCCACUGACCCAGGUUUCGUUGUCAAGAGCCCUCCAAGGGAGCCUGUGGUCAUGGGCUGCGGGGAGGGUCAGGCUUCGCCAAUGUUGCAGCAGCAGCAGCAGCAGCACCAGCUGUCGCCUCCGAUGGUUAACAAGUCUGGUGACUCACAGAUGCCAAACAGCUUGUGUGACACGGGCGAGUCUGGCAACUCUGGCAUGGUGUCCAAGAGUGAGACGGUUUCCACCCUUUCCAUGAGCUCCCUUGAGGUAUGUGGCUGGGUGGUAGCUACGUGAUAUUGCACACAUUUUGCACGGAGAACAUUGCAGGUUCCUUUGCAUCUCCGGUUGGAAAGGACCUCAGGUCCCUUGGCUGAAGAAGACCAAGCUGUCCCCAAGGCCUUGAAAAAGAACCAGUCGUAUUGAUACAAUACGGGGAUAAAUUGACUGGCCGGAGUAAGGUUGGGGGGAGAUAGCGGAGGCAUAUUGUCAUUGAAAGUCUGCUCAAUAUUGAUCCAGAGUAGAUUCCAGUGUAUAGUUAGCAGAGUAAAAACUUACACAGGUUGCAGGGGUUUCCAAAAAUAGACCAGAGACAUUUCAUCCAGCAGAGCUUUACUGCAUAAUGGUCACAAAUCCACUACAUUCAGGUUUGGCACUGUCCAUAAGAAAUCCAGUUGCAGCAGACAUAACUUAGCAAUAACUUAUAACUGGAGAGACCUGUCAGGAGUAAGCCUGGACCAAUGGUACCAAAUAGUAUGGGAAACAGCCUUACUAGAAAAAUUAACCAAUAAACUGAAACUGAUACGGGGACAAAUAGAAGAAAACGCUUUCACCCCAGUAUGGCUCCCCUUUAUCACACACGCAGCCCAACAAGACAAUGACAAAAACCCACCAACAGCAUACAAAUCAAUAUGGCUAACCUGAUCCAAAACAUCCACCCACCCCACUCACACAUGAAAACAAAGACCACCACAGCCAACCACAAAUGAACAACCACACCCAUGGCCAACCUCAACCUCUCUCACCACCAAAGGAACACAAGUGAACAGCAAAGAACCUGCAGAAGCAAUGCUGACACAAAACCCCACAUAUAUUAAGUAAAAUAGAAACAUCACCACCCCACCCCACCCCACUCAUCUUUCCUCCCCCCUCUACCUCUUUCCCCCUUUUCUUCCUAAUGUCUCAACAAAUGAAACUGAUCUGUAAAAAAUGUUACUUGGGGGGGGGGGAGAGAGAGAGAGAGAGAGAGAGAGAGAGAGAGAGAGAGAGACAUUGCGCAUACUUUUGUAAACCAAAAAAACACACAAUAACUUAUAAUAAGUCUAAAACUAAAUACUAUAUACAGAACACCACACCAGCUGGAAAAGAGAUAGGAAGAGAAAGUGAAUCCCAGGCUCCUUCUGGCCUCACUAUUAUAGUCAGCAUGACCUUGACAGAAGAGAUAACAGGACCAGUUUAAGCCAGCUGUACUCAGCUUCUCUGAAGGAAUAACCCAAACAUCGUGAAGUUUCUGCUUGUUCCUUUCACACAGAGACACUUCCAGAACUUGCUUGAACUAAGUAGAAUAGGAAAGAUCUCUACACAUCAGAUCAAUAUUUUCUGCACUAAGAAAUGUAAACUGGCCUAUAUAAAACUAAUCAGAGAGAGGGAUGGUUUUCAUAAAACGGGUUAAAACUUUCUAAACAACUGAGUAGGAUUAUCUAUACUAAAAUGUUUUUAAAAGCAUACAGCCUGCCUGAUAUCAAAAGGCAGGGAGCUCCCAAGUGUAGUUCUGCCACACUAAAUCACUGAUUUCUUUAAAAUGUGAAAUUCACGUUCUGUAGCUCCUGUAACUGUGCCAGAUCAAAGCGGUUGAUAUGGGGUCAGGUGAUCUCAUCGGUAAAGUGGUCCAGGUCCCAGAUUGUUAACUGAUCCCAAAUGAUUAGUGAUGGGAUCGUGUCCUCCACUGCUCCUCUGAGCAGCAGGCUAGUGUGGCAGAGCACACAUACUGUUUUUUUCAGCAGAGGAGAAUGGCUAGGGGCUUCAUCCACCACCUGAGGCUGUUGCCUCACUUUGCCAAAUGGUAGGACCACCCCUGGACCACCCCUGGACUGCCACGAUUGUGGCCAUGGCUGCAAAUUGUGUACACCAAGUGCCUCUUUGCAUGGUGCUUUCUCUAGGAGAAAUAUCGCCCCCCCCCCAAAAAAAAAGAAAUCGGUGGCAAAAAAAUGUUGUCAGUUUCAUUGGGGUGGUAUCACCCUACUGCUAAUCUGUCUUUCUCUUUCAAUCCCCAGAGACGGAAAUCCCGGUAUGCAGAGCUAGAUUUCGAGGUGAGUACUUCCCCAUUUACAUAAUGGACAGGUCAGGAUGAGAGUGAAUCUUAUCAUCCCCAUUCCUCCAUUGAAUUUAGUUUCAUAUAUAGUGAACUGACUGUCCUAACACCCAAAAUGUCUGGAGUCAUUGUCUGAGUCCCGAGAACCCAUGAAUCAGUUUGUGUCAUAUUCAGAGCUAUUUUUUUUCAGCCAGAACUCCCUGGAACUCAGUUCCGGCACCUCUCAGGUGGGCGCCAUUGCCAUUAUAAGAUGAGGGAGGCAUUCAUAGUGGGUUCUGGCACCUCUUUUUUCUAGGAAAAAAAGCACUGCGUAUUCCCCAUAACAAGGGGUAAUUUUCUCCACUGAAAUGUAAAGGUAAAGGUAAAGGGACCCCUGACCAUUAGGUCCAGUCAUGGCCGACUCUGGGGUUGCGGCGCUCAUCUCACUUUACUGGCCAAGGGAGCCGGCGUACAGCUUCCGGGUCAUGUGGCCAGCAUGACUAAGCCACUUCUGGUGAACCAGAGCAGCACACGGAAACGCCGUUUACCUUCCCGCCGUAGCGGUACCUAUUUAUCUACUUGCACUUUGAUGUGCUUUCAAACGGCUAGGUUAGCAGGAGCAGGGACCAAGCAACGGGAGCUCACCCCAUCACGGGGAUUCGAACCGCCGACCUUCUGAUCGGCAAGUCCUAGGCUCUGUGGUUUAACGCACAGCGCCACCCGCAUCCCUCCCACUGGAAUGUACAUUGAUGCAAAUGUGUGCCUAAUUUGACUCAUGGGCAGUGUACACAGAAUUUCUGGUAGCCAGGCAUUGAAGAAAAUGUCCAGCAACAGAGUGUUGCAUACGGCACCUCUCUGAGUAGGCAUAGCAUAAACUGAAAGAAUGAAGUGGUUCGUUUUGGAUGAAAAAUCCUAUAUACAAACAGCAACCUCGUUCUCCUUACGUAGCCCAAACUGGACCAUCCGCUCUCAUGAGGAUGUUAUUAAGAGGCUUGGGGGAACCCCAAGGUUUGCAAAAGUACAAAAAGGGGUGAACCCACCAAAUGGAAACCCCCUGCAAACGGACAUCCUGCGUUCUGAGAGCAAUGAUCAUUCUCAGUACUCAUUGGGCCAUUUAGGGGGGUUUUCAGUCCUGCAUUUUUACUUGGCUAGGACUAAAGAUGGGGGAGAAAUUCAAUCCGGUUCACAUUUAAAGGCAACCCUACCUAAUUCGCAGUUUCCAAAACAAUUCACACGCCUCUGAAUUUUGCAGUGGAGUUCCAGUGUGUUCAGAAAUGCACACACUAGGAUUUAGUAUGCAUCAAAGUCUAUGCAUUAGAGAAAAUAGCAUACAGUAAUGCAUUGCACUACUACAGGUGCCAUAUAAUAAUACUCAUUCCACACUUGUAAGAAAUCAAUCUUUUACUAUGGUAGAACACACACUUUGGAACUCCCUGCCUAUUGAAACCAGGCAAACGCUCUUUGUGGUGCUUGCUUAAAAUGUUUUUGUUUGGCGACCCUAUCCACAAAUGUAGCAGGCUGGCAUGUGUAUUAAUCCUUUUGCUUUCUGUUGAGUUUAGUUAUCUUUUUUGAUUUCUUUAAAAGCUCAUUUAAUUAUGUUACAAAUGUUUUAGAUACCUCUUUUUAACCUUUUUAUUGAUCAUCUUAACAUGUUUUUAAAAACUGUAAACGGCUUAGAAGUUUUAUUAUAACCAAGCAGUUUAUAAGUGUAAAUCAGUAAAUUUAUAUUAGAGGAAACUGCACCCAAAAAUAACUAUAUUAAGAGAGACCUGCACUAAAACACUGAAGAAUUUUCAUCAGAUUCUCUCUCUCUCUCUCUCUCUCUCUCUCUCUAUAUAUAUAUAUAUAUAUAUUAUGAAGUGAUAUGGAAAUGUGGAGAAAUGAGGACUAGAACAAUGAGAAACUGGGACAGAUCCACCCAUUCCUAAUUAGGUUUAAUUGAUCUCACAAUUCCUGCCUGAGGCUUUGAUGGACCUGGGAUAUCCUGACCUGUUUCUCUCUCACCCGUUGCAGAAAAUCAUGCACACGAGAAAACGUCACCAAGACAUGUUCCAGGACUUGAACCGAAAGCUGCAGCAUGCAGAGAAAGAGAAGGAGUCCCCAACAACAGACAGCAAGGUGAGUUCUGGCCCAGUUUCCUGAAAACUCCAUCCUUGGGGACCUAAUUUAUUUGGGGGCCUGCAAACAAAGGAUCUGGGAAAUUCCAAAAACCAUAAUUUUGCACCUGUGGGCAAAACUCCUCUGCCUUUUAUUCUCCCCCACCCCUGUGAGGAUAUUUGCAGUUUGAAAAUCUGUUUUCGAUAAGUCUUCUUCUUCGUUUGACUGGAGAAAAGCUCAAAUGACUUCAAUUUUUCUCUGACUCCCUGCUCCCGUGUCUUCUAGAUAUAGGGCUGCCAUACGUCCUGGUUUUCCUGGACAUGUCCAGGAAUCGCUGGCCAAAAUGAUAUCCAGGCAAAUUUUUGUCAAAUGAUGGAUGAUCCCCAGCCCAUAAAUUUUCCCCAUGAACUGUUCAGCUGAAAGUUCUUUCUGGAGAAACUUCAGCCUGCCUUUUUUUCAAAAGCUGCAUUCAACUGUCCCAAUGCUAGCAACCUUGGAUGAUGGCAUCAUUUCUAAAUCUCAGGCUCCACCCACCUGUUAAACCUCAAGGGGGGCAGAGAUAAUGAUCUGGCCCCCAAGCAGAGUGCCUGGCCUACAGCGCUUCCUGUGCUUUAGUAGACCACACAGAUGCAGGACUAAACUCAAGAGUAACACUAUCUCAUACUUUGUGCUACACCUGUGCAAAAUAAUAAUAAUUUUCCAUGAUUGAGCUAAGCAGCAGAAGUUUGAGAAGUUUCUGAAGAAUUACUUCUUGCAGAUACAUCCUGGUUAUUUAUCCAUGACCAUCUUCCUUUAUUCUGGAUUAAUUAAGGCAGGAUGAAUCAGAAGUCAAUACCAGCUUCUAGUUCAACAAAAACAUUUCUUUUUCACCAGGCCUUUGGCUUUGAAUUAUCUACAGCAUUUUUGUUUUCAUGGACGGGAUGUUUCAAUGUAGGGUUUUUUUAAAAAAGAAAACAACAAACCAAAUUGUCUUAGGUUGUUUUUAAAGCUGGUUUUAAUGCAUGUAUGUGUUUGCUUGCUUAAAAUAUUGUAAGUCGCUUUGAGUUGCCAUGGCAAAAAAAAGUGAGUAAUAAAUUUAAUAAAUAAAAUAACUAGGGUAUAAUCUCAAGAUUGAUUCUCCCCACGCUGCCUUUAGAAAUUAAGAAGAACCGUAGUGCAGUGACAUAACACCUCUUUUGCAGGCAGAAUGACCCCGAUUCAAUCCCUGGCAUAGAAGCACAGAAUCAUAGAAUUGUAGAAUUGGAAAGGACCCCAAAUGUCAUCUAAUUCAACCCUUGCAAUGUAUGAAUAUGCAGGUAUACCUGGAAGUGUAGCAUCUCCAGGUAUAGCAUCUCCAGGUCUAGCUAGGAGAGACCAUUGUCUGAAAUCCUGGAGAGCCAGUCAGAGUACACAAUAUGAGCUUGAUGGACCCAAAGGUCUGACUCAGUCGAAAGCAGCUUUCUGUGUUCUUGCGGAGGCGCGUAAUGCAACA